AUGCGUCUGAAGAACCGUAAGGAAGUGGAUGUACGUCUUCGCGAAUACGUGGACAACCUGAUCAUCUAUCCCAGCAUGGUGAACUCUCUCAUCAGCGGAGAAAUGAACGACGAGUUCUUCACUCACCUCGCGGAGUUCGGAAAACGCCUCGAUUUUGUGGAUUGCAUGGAUGUGGAUGACGCCACGAAGCAGCAGCGGAGCCUGGUGAAGGCGAUCGAGGAGAUCAAGGUGGACUUCAACAUCCUCCGCCUGCACUGCGGCAAUCGCAUUCGGGACGCGGUAUUUCGGAAAUUCGCGGAGAUUCGGCAGGACAGCAACAUCGAAAUGUUCCAGAAGGAGGUUCUGCUGAAGCUGUCGGAGGGAAUGCACUUCUUGCAACGCCAUUUGCCCGUGUAUUACGAGGAGAUCGCGAAGAAGUACUGCGAGAUCAUGCGGCAUAUCUUCUUUCAGAUCUUCGCGGAGUACUCGGCGGCGUUUUUGAUUGGCUGCUUGGUUGACCGUAGAUUGAAAGCGCGUCUCUACGAAAUCGCGCCCUCCGAAGAAGUCAUUGUGCCCGCCAAACAGAAAACUUCUCUCCUCAAGAAAGCGUCCUCGGUUUCCUCGGUUUCUCCGUUUGUCCUCUCCGAUCGCCACACAGUGAUCGAUUUUCUCCGCUCGCCGCCUCUGCUGCCCUCGAUUCUCGCCGAGGAAAAAACGCUGAUCAACUAUCCUGAGUUUUUCCGAUCGAUUCAGCGGCAUUUAAUCGACUGCUCGCUCGGCGAGUUCGCGUUCGAAGUUCUUUUCUUCGACCCCGAAGACACCAAAAUGCUGAUCGAGGUCAUCGGCGCGGCCUGCGAAGAGCUGCACUUAACCACGGUGAACUGGGUACGCGGAUCGUUCGACGUGGUGGGGGUGAUGAUCCUGUGCAUUCUGCUGCAAGCGGCGGUGGAGGAACUGGCGAAGGAAGGCGUUCCGAUUCUCCAAGAAUUCUUUUUGAAGUGGGGAUUGGAGAGAAGGGAUUGA